GCUCUCUCAGGCCACCGUGACAUAUCUGGGCGUUGGACUGGGGGAUGAAUAAACAGUGAAUGCACCAGAUCUGUGGUUUCAGAGAAGGACUCCGAUCCGCCAGGGAUCCCCCUUUCAACUCGACCCACGCCACGAGUGGCUUUUAGCAUCCUCUGGGAUCCUGCCCCUGCUGGAGGAACUUUAAUGCACGCUGGGCUGGCUUCCUAGGAGCUACCAUUGCCAGGAAGAGCUGCACGCUUUGGAGCUUGGUAAGUCUCUGGUGGUGAAAUCCCAGCUCUGUCAGCAAAGCCCCCACCACCAGACAAGCAAAGAGAGGGGCGCUUUCUACUGGCCUUUCUCUUCCCUGCACUGUGACUCCUCUCCAAAGCGCCAUGCAAUUUGGAGACACGCGUUUACAAGAAAAUAAGCGAGUGGCAAACAUGCGCGAUUGUAUUUGGAUGAGCCUAACACAGCAAGACCAUUAGAAAGCCAGGCGGGUGAGCGCGGGAGAAAGCAAAGAGGCAAGAGACGGAAGCAGCAGCGGCAGCAAAAGCAAAGUCUGGUGCAUUUAAAUUAGGCUGAUGCCUCUUUUCAGGACUUUGUGAAGCGCUUGGGGAUCCCGCGGGUGGAGGAGUGUUUGAGGAGCAGGGUGAAUGGUUUGGUUUCCCAGAGGAUUAAGGAGAAUAGAGGGGCGUGUAUUUCCCCCCCCCCCAACCGCUGAGGGGUGAGGAGCGAGGUUCUGAGGGGUGAGGAGCUGGGCUCACCCCAUGCGCCCCCCCCUCCCCAGCCAUGCUGCGCCCUUCGCCUUCCCGGGGCGCGCGGCGGCCACUUGCACGGUGCCCGCCGGGGCUGGCGGAGCGGGCAUUUCCCCGGCUGCAGCCGCCUGCCCCUCGGCGGAGAGCAAUGGGGCCCCUGCUCCCCCGGCCGCCGCCCUGCCAGGAGCCCGCAGGCUGGGGUGGGGGCUCGGUUGGAAGCAAGCGGAGCGCCAGGCCAGUGGCACGGAUGCCCCUGCAGCCCCCAGGCAGGGCUGCAGCCGCCUCGCCGCCCUCCGCGCACGAAUCGAAGGGGGCCGGGAGCAGCCCGCCGAGCGGAUCCUCCGGGGACGGGGUGUCCUGCACUGGGGGGUCCCCGACCCCACCCUGCCAGCGCCGCCGUGUAGGGUGCGGCCGCUCUGGGGUGCUGCCGGGACAUGCGGCUCCCCCAAGCCGUGGGCUCGCCUCUUCCCCACGUGGGCCGAUGAGACGUGCGCGGGGGGAAGUGCCGAGCCCGGCGUGAUCCAAACGGGUGUGAGUAAAAGUUCCCUGCGGCGACCGAGCUGCUUUUUUUUUUCCUGGGGGAUUAUUUAUAGCCGGCUCCGCUGCCUGGCCGGGCUCCCUCUGCCUGACCCAGGGACACACCCUGCGGCACAGACGCAAUCCUGGGCGUUGUUCCUCGUUAAAGGAGAAACUUUAUAACUUCGCGCUUUGCCCUCCUCGCCUCCCUCUCUCCAGCCCCCUGGCUCCGUUUGCCGUGGGCAAAGGGCGGGGCGCAUACCCGCACCCACCAGCUGGAUUUGCUCCUUUGCUUCGGUUUGAGCUUUUGGGGCCAGUCGAGCCUCUGGGACGCCGCUUGGUGGGUGACUAUUGCAGAGAAAUCUUUCCAAAACUUCAGCCAAAAUGCUCCUUUUGUUGCUGGGGAUCAUCGUGCUGCAUGUUGCGGUUCUGGUGCUGCUCUUUGUCUCAACAAUCGUUAGUCAAUGGCUCAUCGUUAACGGGCGUACGGCAGACCUUUGGCAGAACUGCAGCACUUUAGGGGUCCAGAGUUCCUUUCAGUGUGUAACGUCCUCCACGAACGAGUGGCUGCAGUCUGUCCAAGCUAUGAUGAUCCUCUCCAUUAUCUUCAGCGUGUUGUCCUUGUUCCUAUUCUUUUGUCAGCUGUUUACGCUCACCAAGGGUGGACGGUUUUACAUUACUGGAAUCUUCCAGAUCCUUGCCGGCCUGUGCGUGAUGAGUGGCGCAGCCAUCUUCACUGUGAGACACACGGACUGGCAGCCUGACACAAGUGAUACCUCCUUCGGCUUUGCGUACAUCCUGGCUUGGGUUGCCUUCCCACUGGCCGUCAUCAGCGGGGUGAUCUACGUCAUCUUGAGGAAGCGCGAAUAAUGAAGCAUGAGGCCAGGGGGGGCGAGACAAGGGCACUCAUGACGUCCAUGGAGGGGAUUGAGGCAGGGGAAGAAAAGACGACAAAACUUGGGGUUGGGGGGGGGGAAGUUAACCAAACCCCCACCCCCCAAAUAAAAACCCAACCAAAAAAACCCCAAAAGGAAACACACCAAGGGUUACUGUGUUAAUUGAAGAUGUAUAUAGUAUCUAUGGUUUAAAAAACCUAUUUAUAACACUUUUUACAUAUAUGUACAUAGUAUUGUUUGCUUUUGUUGAUCAUCUGCUAUGUGUUAAAGCCUAAAGAAAGUGCCUAAAGAACUAUUACUCCUAACAGUGUAACAAGAGUGCAGUAUUUUUUGGGUCCUUGUUUUUGUUUUACUCUGAAUGCGAAUGGAAUCCUCUUUGAAAGCUCCCACCUCGAGGCAACCCACCAAAGAAACCCCAACUCAGACCAGAUCCCCAGAUGGUGUAAAUCAGGGUCGCUCCAGUGGCUUGAAUGGAGCGAUGUCCAUUUACAUCAACUGAGGAUCUGCCUCCUCCCACAAGUGCCACGAUCCUAUUACCUGAAGCGCAUGUAUAAAUACCAUGCCUCAGGAAUUUAGGAGCACAUUUCACAAAUUUUCAAACCACCUAAGUGAUGUAGGAGCCCAAGUCCCAUUAACUUGCCAACCACACCCAGUUGGGAACUUGGGCUUCUAAGUCAUGUAGGCAUGUUUAAAAAUUUUACCUACCAGGUCCAUUGAAAUUUUACUGAAACAAGUGUACUUUAACCCCUUUUUCUUUUGGAAGUUUCCCCUUAGAACACCAGUGCUUUCCUGUGUUAGGCCUUGUGUAUAACAAACUCUCACAUACCCAUCCCCACACACCCAAACCACCCAAGAACUGUAGCCUACGACCUUGAAAUGUAUUUUUUCCUUGCCGUGUAGAUAAAGAUGGGAAAGAAUCAAAAACAAUAUAUAUCUAUGAAAUAAAAUACCAAAUAUGUGAAAUGGUGCUAUCUAUUUGCCAUUCCUUAUAUCACUAGCCAUUUAACCUUACUCACUGGAAAUUCAGUUAACAAUUUUAUGAGAUAAACAAAGAAGAUAGAAAUGAUAAAUAAUUCUAUGUAAUAUAAGUGGUCUAUAACUGCUUUUGUACUUAGACAAGUUGCUCUUAGUAUUAUUGUUUAAUAAAGCAUUUAUAACCAGUUUUUUUUCCCCCUCAUGGUCAGGAGUAGCAGAAACAAAUCUCUGGAUGGAACCCGCAGGUCUUCAUCCUCCGGAGUCUGGCUUCUGUAAUCCUCUUUCUGUGCUUCAGAGGUGUGUCUGGCAAUGAAUUGUAUGGGCAUUUUACUGUAGAUUCAUAUACGGUGCCUUCUGAUGCUAAGACUCCAGACAUUCUGUUUGUUUUUUACUGGUUUUUUUGCUUUGCUUUUCUGAUUUUAUACCGACUGUGUGGACUAAGCAGCAAUGAAAUAAAAGUCAGAAUAACUCAA